AUGGCUGAUUUACGACCACUUAAAAGAAUUAAAACCACUACUUGCGAUGAGGAAACUUCUAAUAAGAGCAUGAGUCUUGGCUUGCCAACGGAGAUAUUGUUGGACAUUAGUUUAAAAGUUGCAUCUCAAUCACUCACUGACCUUUGUCACCUUAAAAUGACUUCUAAAGAAUUGCUCAAUAUAACAAAUGAUGACGAUGUGUACAAGCAUGCUUUUUUGGAUGCAAUCCCCUUCUUCCGAUUCCAAGAAAUCCCACAAGAAGCUUCAUUUUUAAGUCGUUGUAGAUCAAGCGGUAACUUGGAAUCUCUCUAUAGAGAAGGCAUGGAACUAUACUUCACUAACUUGGAGCUUUAUGAAAUGGGAUUAUAUAUGGUACGUAUGGUUGCUCAAAAAGGACACAAAACAGCAAUGUAUGCCUUUGCCAUGAUUGUUCUAAUGAGCAGAGACACAAUAAGAAUAGGAUCUUUAGGAGAAUUUGGGGAGGCUUUGGGAUACCUCAGAUUUUUAAGGAACCAGAAAUGUGUACUUCGAUGUAGGAAUGAUGUUGCAAAAUUUGUUCGUUGUUUGAGGUGGAAUAAUAUGCGUUCUGAUCUUGUGAUAGCAGUAGGAGAGCGUCUAUGCAAUAAUGUUCCAUGCACAAAUACAUGGAAACUCAAAGUUGGAAGCUGGUGCUUCAUGACUGAAGAUGACGAUGAGAAUGAUCCAAACAUGCGUGAAAAUUGCAGAUGGGAUCAUGAAGUGGAAGACUUUUGCACUAUGAUAUAG